AGGAGAUUAAAUAACGGCGUGCACGCGACGGUUUAGUGCACUACAUAGUGCGCAAGGGAGUGAUUUGGAAUUCAAACAUCGGCUGGUUUUGCUAGCAAUGGAUUGUUUUUAUCGCCAACGAUAGGGGAAGAUGUCUGCUCUAGAGAGAUGACUUGCUAUGCAAGGAUUUAAAGACAGUGUUAAGAAUCACGUCAGGGUUUGUACAAUGCAGUGAACCAGAUGGGUCAUCGCUGCACCCAAGUCCUGUUCCUUGCUCUGCUCCAGGCGUUGCAGACCUUAGCUGAAGAUGGCUCAAUCGAGUGUGUGUGCAUGGGCAGAGACUGCAUGGCCCAGCAGUGUAAAGGCGAUCAGUGCUACUCCUCCGUGACCGUCAGAGACGGCGUGCCCUCGUUGCACCGUGGCUGCCUGAUUGGCCCCGACAGCAGGAGCUUGACCUGCUUGGCUUCUCCCUCAGCCAGUCACGUGAUAGAAUGCUGCUCUCGCCCCAUGUGCAACGCCAACACCUCAGUGGACUCGAUGAUUCAGCUGCUGCUCAGGAAUCCAGAAGGAGAACCCAUGCGUUACAGUGUGGAGACUCUGGUACUGUUGGUCCUGGUCCCUUUCGCCGUGUUGGCGCUGCUCGCCAUGCUGGCCGUGUCCGUGUGCCGGCGUCUGCACCCACGCCGCCUGGAGCGACUGCACGAGUUCGACACGGAGCAGGGCGCCAUUGACGGCCUCAUCGCCUCCAACGUGGGCGACAGCACCCUGGCGGACCUGCUGGAUCAUUCCUGCACGUCGGGCAGUGGCUCAGGUCUGCCGUUCCUGGUGCAGAGGACGGUCGCACGCCAGAUCAGUCUGGUGGAGUGCGUUGGAAAAGGACGAUACGGAGAGGUGUGGAGAGGACAGUGGCAGGGAGAGAACGUAGCCGUGAAAAUUUUCUCCUCCCGGGACGAGAAGUCGUGGUUCCGAGAAACGGAAAUCUACAACACGGUUCUGUUACGACACGAAAAUAUAUUAGGGUUCAUGGCGUCAGAUAUGACGUCCCGCAACUCCAGCACUCAGCUGUGGUUGAUCACACACUAUCACGAGCACGGCUCACUCUACGAUUACCUGCAGCGCGCCGCCGUGUCCGCGCCUGACGCCCUGAACAUGGCCACCUCGGUGGCCAGCGGCCUGGUGCACCUGCACGCCGAGAUCCUGGGCACAGAGGGCAAGCCGGCCAUCGCCCACCGCGACCUCAAGAGCAAAAAUAUCCUAGUGAAGAAGGACAUGCGCUGCUGCAUCGCAGACCUUGGUCUGGCGGUCACUCACACACAAGCAGACAAUCAGCUAGACGUAGGGAACAACCCCAAAGUGGGCACCAAGCGCUACAUGGCCCCCGAGGUGCUGGAUGAGACGAUUCAGAUGGACUGCUUCGAUGCUUAUAAAAGAGUGGACAUCUGGGCGUUUGGCUUGGUGCUGUGGGAGAUUGCCCGACGCACCUACAGUAACGGGAUCGUGGAGGAAUACAAGCCGCCGUUCUAUGACUUGGUACCUAACGACCCCAGCUUUGAGGACAUGCGCAAAGUGGUGUGUGUGGAGCAGCAAAGACCCUUCAUCCCCAAUCGCUGGUUUUCUGAUCCGACCCUUUCAGCCCUGGUGAAGCUGAUGAAGGAGUGCUGGUACCAAAACCCUUCGGCCCGACUGACGGCGCUGCGCAUUAAAAAGACUCUGGAUAAAAUCCUCAGCUCGUUAGAGAAGGGAAAACCGGACUGCUGAGCCCAGACUUCGGAGCAAUUUGGAUUGGUUUUUUUUGUUUUGUUUCGUUUUAAAACUCCGAACCCGAUCUGGGAUCAGCUCCCUCAAGCACCGAAACGUUUUCCAUUUGAUUGAUGGACCCCCAGCGCUUCGACACACGGGCUCCAGCUUUCCAGGAAGCCGUUUGUAUUUCCCGUCAGCGAUUCAAAAAGGAAAUAUGAGAUGUUUUCCAGGACCGAGUUCGCUCUCAUCUCAGCCGCAUGGUUAUCUGGGAGCUGAUCCUAGAUCUGAGAUAUGUGGUGUUUGUUUUUUGUUUUUUUUUUUUUGUUUUUUUCCACAGAUGAGUGUGAAACGCAACGCUGGAUAAAUUCUCCUUACUUGAGUAACUGUUUGUUUUUAUUUUUGGAGAGAUGUGAAGCCGUGAUUCGUCAGUCAUGACCUUCGAGGGCAGACGCACGUCCUCUCGGAGCAGCUUCUUUUCUUCCGCGUGCCUGCAUGAUAAAAGCCAUUGCGCAUCUAGCAGCAGCCUCUUUCUCUCUCUCUCUCUCUCUCUCUCUCUCUCUACAUCUGCCUUUGUCUUCUCUUUCUCUCAAUCGACAAUCGCACACUGCUCAGUCGUUCCUGCACUAUUAGGCAGCCUUUUCUUCCCUCCAAAUACUGCGUCUCCCAAUGCUGCAAUCUGCUAUGGUGCGUAAAAGUUUUUUUUCUCUCCUUCCGUUCAGCAUAAUCGCAUCCUCUCGGCUCUGCUCCAGCGUCCCAGGUUCAGCUUGAAUUUGCGAAUAGUAAAAGCAGGCUGUGUUGGAAACCCCGUACACGCUCCUCACCUGUACAGUGCCGCGUAAGCAUUUAUUAUUUUUUUUUUUCUUUUAAGGAAUAACGCCUCCUAAAGCUCUAAAGUGAAGCACUAAGGUUUUAUACCAUGAUUCGUUUUUUAUCACACUACAGCACUGCGCAUGAUCUAAGCCUUUUCACUUGACCUGUCGUUUUUAGGCGCUUUAUGUUUCUCCCCCGCCGGAGCUUUAUGCGGCAGUAUCGAGUUUAUCGGAUUAGCUUUAUAACAGCCAGAAAGACGUAGAUCGUAUCGUGGCGAGAAUCAGGGCGUAGGACUACCACUACACAUCGUAAACUGUGACUGUAACCGAAUGUAAAGAUAGGAAUACUAAAAGUAGGACGUGACACGGCUUUGGUUCUUGCUGCCCACCCCCCCCCCCACCAAGGACGUCUCGAUUCGUCCAUUGACGCAGCACUGCUUGUGGGGGGGGGGGUUGGUAUAUAAUCAGAAAUCACCCCAUCAAUCCAUGUGUCCCAAAUGACCCCAAUUUACUACAAACACUAAAUAGUACACUUCGCUUGAAAAAAAAAAUAGUGCACUUCACUACACACACACACUACUGAGGGCUAGAGGGAAAACAAAACAAAAAAUUGCCAUUUUUCUUCCCCGAAAUUUUCAGAAGGAAAGUGAUUACAGGAUAUAUUUUUCCUGUUCGCCCCCAAACAAUGCAAAUGCAAAUAAUAAUUCCUUUUUUCUUUUUCCUUUCGUUCUUUUUUUUUUUUUUUUUU